AGAUAUCGCUUCUGACGGAUAAACGCGGGCUAUAAAAAUCUCUUCCCUCGCGCUUUCCCCCGGUAGAGACUGAACUAACCAUCGAGAGAUUGGGCAGGCGGCCGGUUUCUACAAGGAGGGUGUGCGCGUACGGCUCCGUUUUCUCAUCCAUUUUGCGUCGACUUGCAUACCCGCAAUAUGAGAACAGCUUUUCAAAAGCCCUGGGAAAGCGAAACAAGGCAGAUGCAUCCAUCAGUGCACGAAAAAGAACUCCUUUGCAGCUCACACUUCAACCUGGAUUUUCCUGCAGGGAGCAUUCGGUCGUGGUGUUACGUCCAAUCGGCCUGUGGCAUGUGGCUGCUUGCGGAAGUGUGUCGCCCUCUCCGUCUGUCGAGAUUUGCUCGCAUUUUUCCUACAAAUCUCUUUCGGUGACUCGUGAAGGUUCUCGUCGAAGUCACGAGUAGCCCUUUUUGGCAGAAAGGGCGCCGCUUUUUCCGGUGAAGCUUCUCUCUUUUCGCAAGCUUCCUGUCUAACUCCCUCAAGAAAGUAUCUGCGUACCAACGCUACAACUCAAUUCACGCGUUUCCGGCCAACACACGCCAGGCACGCUUUGUUGUGUCGUGAGUGCGUGCGUGUUCGACACGAACAAUUCUUACGGGUGCAAGUUUCGGUUUUGGUGUCGGUGGUUCCUUUCUCUUGGGUUCUGUUUCGUUCUGCUGGCAUUCUGCUCGUACCGCCAAGAGAACGGCUGGCCACGGUAUCGUUCCCCGGUUUUACGCCGUUCAUCUUCCGUGCGAGUACCGGAGAAGCGUUUUCCCGCCAGGCCUUUUUCCUACUACCGCUCCGGAAGAACCGCUUGAUACGAUGGAUAGGUAGCUGUUUGAAACUGAAGAGACUACGCUUUCCGCCUUUGGGAAAAAACAGGGGAAAUGGGGGAUACGCAGUCGGUGCCCGCUUCACGAAGAGGGGGGCAGGGGACCGAGACGGCAGAAGAGCAUGGAAACGCAGACAGUUCGUUUCUCUCUCUGAAUUAUUUUUCUCGGCGGACGCCUGUGGAAAUUUACGCGGUGCCUCUCCACCCAGGACUGGACAACGAUGGGUCGGAAUCACGUGGCCUUCAAAACGGCGAUCCACCGCGCCAGAGCCAAGUCGCAAGACGCAUUGACGGAACGACUCAACAAAUCAUGAUAUUUCCAGUCAAUGCAGAGGACGAGGAAGAGGACGUACGGAAACUCACAGGCGAGGCUCCUGAGCAGGAAUUCAUGUGCUCCGUAUGCCUCGAGCUCCUGUGGAAACCCGUCGUCCUUGAAUGCGGACAUGUUUUCUGCUUCUGGUGUGGAUACCAGUGCAUGAAUGUGUACGACGUUUCGCGUUGUCCACUAUGCAAGAACGCGUUCGACAAAUUUCCGCGGGUCUGUCGACCUCUGAAUCUUUUCCUUCUUCAACAUUUCCCUCGGACCACCGCACUGCGUGACCGGGAGAUGGCGGAAUUUGAAUUCAACCGGCGACGUCAAAGCCCGUGUCAUCUUCGCAUCUUUGAUUUGUCGUCGGGAGCCUCCACCGACGUCGUGAAUCGUUGCUCACCGAAUCUCCUCGAGGCCCUUCGCGCAAAAGCGCCUGACAUUGCUGAAAUGAUGUUGUAUUGGAGCAACGUGGCACGAAAUUCCAACUCCUGGGGCAGGGGUGAGGGAACGGAUGCAGACUGUGACAAGGCCGAAGCCGACAACGAGGCUAAAGAUGACACAGACAACUUUUCUGUCGACGCUGAAAUGGACGACUUAGAUGAGGGCGACACGACUGUCCGCCCGGUAGAUAUAGCAGCCAUUGUCACUGGACACGUUAGAAACCGCGGUGAUGAACCCAUCCAAGCAAUGGAAUCUGAAACUGAGGAGAUGGCAGAGGAAGAACUCAGCUCUUCUCGCAGUUCAGGCAUUCCAGCUCCACCGCUCGAACCAGAGAGCGAUGGCAUGGCGGCGGAUCAGGCCCUUCCGGACGGCAGCCCCGAAGAGCAGCCGACCCUUGCACGGGACUCUGAUUCUGAAGACGGUGGAGAUACCUUAAGCCACCAUCCCCUUUUCAAUGAGAACCUGCUGAACAUGGAGGACUUCGUCCAUUACGGAGUUAGCUGUGAUGGUUGUGGAAAAAUGCCGAUCGUCGGGAGGCGACACACGUGUGUCGAUUGUGGGAAAGCGGCGUGUGACUUCGAUCUCUGCGGAGCAUGCCAAGAUGCGGGCUACAAUAAACCUGGUCGCUUCAAUCAAAACCACUCGGCUGAUCACGAAGUGCGGCUCGUGGAGCAUUCAGCAGCCGAAUGGUGGAUACAGAGCUUGAACCGCAUGCGAAAGAUUCACCCCGAACUCAGUGUUCACCAGAUACUUCAGUGGAUCCUGAUGCACUACCAGGAUAUCCGGAUCGCGGACAACCAACAUCACGAAGAAGCGGGAGUUACCAACGCUACUGCGGUGACAGAAAACGAAUCAACCACAGCAUGACGAACGUGCCAUUCCGAUAUGCAUGACGUUCAUGUACAGAUAUGCCCAGUGUUUGCAGAGUGUGUGAGUGAAUUCAUCAGUGCGAGUAAGUUUCGGUCGUUUUUCGCUGUUCAUUAAAUCAUCAUCAUUCGAAGUAGACCGCGUUUCUAAUGUGACUAUCGAAGGGCGGCAGGUUGUCGGCCUGUGGAAUGAAAUAGCGUAAUGAAGUUCUGCUCCGAAAGCUGUUUCGCACACAGGACUGGACAAUACAUGUAGAGGGUCACUCGGCUGCUGGAUUAGCAAGUUGCAUGCUCCGGCGUACGAUCACUUUUCCUCGUGCUUUUUUGACUAUUGCAGGUGUUUAACUUCGCUGGUUUUUAACAUUUAAUAUAUCUAUCUGUGGUGCGGCGGCGAAAACGAUGAUGAGACGAUCAAUACGAAUUUUGAUGGGGGAGCAUAUAA